CCUCUUCCGGCUCUCGGCUUCCCGGCCGCUCUCGCUUCUCCCGUGGAUGCUGCGCCUGUCGGAGAGGAACAUGAAGGUGCUUUUCGUCGCCGCCGUCAUCGUGGGCUCUGUCUUCUUCCUGUUGUUGCCAGGCCCCUCUGCGGCUGAUGAGAAGAAGAAGGGCCCCAAAGUCACCGUCAAGGUGUACUUUGACUUGCGUAUUGGAGAUGAAGAUAUAGGCCGGGUGGUCAUCGGACUCUUUGGAAAGACUGUUCCAAAAACAGUGGAUAAUUUUGUGGCUUUAGCUACAGGAGAGAAAGGAUUUGGCUACAAAGACAGCAAAUUCCAUCGUGUAAUCAAGGACUUCAUGAUCCAGGGUGGAGACUUCACCCGGGGAGAUGGCACUGGAGGUAAGAGCAUCUACGGUGAACGGUUCCCCGACGAGAACUUCAAGCUGAAACACUACGGGCCCGGCUGGGUGAGCAUGGCCAAUGCAGGCAAAGACACCAAUGGCUCUCAGUUCUUUAUCACAACAGUCAAGACAGCGUGGCUUGAUGGCAAGCACGUCGUGUUCGGCAAAGUUCUAGAGGGCAUGGAGAUAGUACGGAAGGUGGAAAGCACUAAGACAGAUGGUCGGGACAAGCCACUGAAGGAUGUAACCAUCGCAGACUGUGGCAAGAUCGAGGUGGAGAAGCCCUUCGCCAUUGCCAAGGAGUAAGGCCCCAGGGACCUGUUCCCUUUGAGCGACUGUCCUUGCAGCCCUGUUACCCCUCUGGGAGUGAAGACAGCCCGCCACAGGGCUCCGUGCUGCCUGGGCUCGAGUGCUGGCCUCUGAUGGAGUGGACCCCUUCCCUCACAUUCCAUGGGACCACCGGCCCAGUUUUGUAACAAACUCCUACCAAUGCUGCCCAAUAAAAAAUAAAAGGUGGGUUUUUUUUUAAAAA